AUGCAGCAGAACAACGAAAAUCCGUUCAAAAUAGAUUCAAGACAGCAAAAGAAAUACGAGGCCAAAAAAAGAGCAGAGGAAAUAAAAGAGCUGGAAAGUAAAUACAAAGACGAGCUGUCGCAAGAAGAGACAGAAGACGACGCAUCCUACGAAGAAAGCGAAGAGGAAAACGUGGCAGUGCAGAAGCUAAUAGAGAAGAUAAGAAACAAAGAGCCAGAAAUAUACGAUAAAGAGAGGCAGAUAUUUGAAGAGAUCAAGCAGAGCCACAAAACAGCAGGCACCGCACAGAUAAAAGAAAGAGAAAAAGAAAGAUCGUACAGACUGAAGGACUACUACAGAGACGCUGUUCUGGAUAAAAUGGAAGAAAAUGAGAACACAGAAGAAGAAAGCAGAGAAGAAAAAGAGGAAACCACACGGGAAGGAGACAGAAAGAAGGAAAGAGUAAAAAAAAGAGUGCAGUAUGACACAGAGCAGAAACAAAACAUCGAUGCGUUCAUAGCUGCCAUGGAUGAAGUAGAGGUAGACGACGAGCUCUUCCAAAAGAAGCCCAAGGAAGAGGGAGGAGAAGAAGACACAGACGAGUUCCUAACAGAAUACGUGCUGAAAGGAGGAUGGCAAAAAGAGCUGGAAAAAAAAGAAAAAGAGGACACCGAGCUGUUCCUGGAAGAAGACAGCGAGGAGAUAGAAAUGAUAGAAGAGUUUGACAAAGAAGGCAUGCCUGCCACGGGAGGAAAGUACAGCACAGUGAAGAAGCCAACACAGCAGAGAAAGAGAAAAGAGCUGAGGAAAAAAAUGAGAAACCGAGAAGAAGAAAAAAUAAAACAGGAGGAAAUAAAAAGACUUAAAAACCUGAAGAAACAGCAGUUUGCAGACAGAUUGAGCAUUUUGAGAAGUGUUUCAGGGCUCAGCAAAAGAAAGGUGUCAAAGAUAAGACUGGAAGACAGCUAUGACAGAAGAGAGCUGGACAAAAUACUGGAAGACCUCUUUGGAGAAGAAUACUUCAGCGAAAAAGAAGAAAAACGGCCAAAGAUAAAGGGAUCAGAGAUGGAGGCGCAGGAGCUAAAACAGCUAGAACAGCUCGCCGAGAAGGGAGAGCUGCAGCAUGACAGAGAGACCGUAAAAGAAAUCAAAAAGAUUCUCUCAGAGAUAAGAGAAAUAGGGGAAGAGUACGGAUCUCUAAAGAAGCAGGGAACUUUUGAGUACGUGAAAGUUCCCACAGUGGACCUCGGGCUAUCGGUGAAAGAUAUUCUGCUAGCAGACGACAAAACACUUAAGAGACAGUACCCGCUGAAGAAGUUUGCUCCCUUCCAAGACGAAGACGAGAAAAGGAAGAUGGAAAGAUCGCUGAAAAGAAGAAGAAUGGAAACAGAGAGAUAG